AUGGGUUAUCGGUCUGAUGCAAGUCCAUCGACAAUUCGUCUUGUUAAAUCAGCAGUUCGCGAAGGCUAUCGUCUAUUUGAUACAGCAGAAUUAUAUGAAAAUGAAUAUGAAACUGGUCAUGGUUUGAUAGCAUCUCGUUUACCACGUCAGCAAUUAUUUAUAACAACAAAACUUUAUACAACAGCUGGUGGGCGUCGAAAAGUUUUACAAUCAUUUGAACAAAGUCUUCAUCGACUUAUGACGAACUAUAUUGACCUUUAUUUAAUUCAUGUACCACAAGGUGGUCAUGUUCUUGAAGCAUAUGAUACAUUACUUGAACUUCAAUCAUUGGGUAAAAUUCGUUCAGUUGGUGUAAGCAAUUUUGGUGUUGAACAUUUAGAAGUUCUAAGACAAUCUGGUCGUCCAUUACCAGCUGUUAAUCAAAUUGAAUUACAUCCAUUUAUGCAACAACAUCCUAUUGUUGAUUAUUGUCAUAGAUUUGGUGUUACUUUAAUGGCUUAUUCACCAUUAGCACGUGGAUCAGCAUUAAGAGAUCCAUUUAUAAAUAGACUUGCAAGAAAAUAUCGACGUACGCCUGCACAAAUUUUACUUCGAUGGUCAUUACAAAACAAUUUUAUUCCGAUACCGAAAACAAAUCAUCCGAAUCGUUUAAGAGAAAAUUUUCAAGUAUUUGAUUUUCAAUUAACUCAUCAGGAUAUGAAAAAUCUUACUAACUAUGGUUAUCAAGGACAAGCUCAUUCAGGAUCGGGUUCAACUAAUAAUGAUUGGAAUCAAUUUGGACCAACUUAUUAG